AUGCCUGCAGAGCCGAUCAAAUUGACAUUGAGGGGAAGCCCCCGAGAGUGCCUCAAGAUUGGCGUUGAACAUGGCCGCACUCUCCGAAACCAAAUCCGCAGCCAGAUCAGCAUCUACGAGGCCAUGUUCGAGUAUACCUCGAAACUAUCAUGGCCCGAUGUCCGUGAAGUCGCCAAGGACUUUCAACCCGCCUUGAUGAAACUCGUCCCCGAUAUCUAUGCCGAAAUGGAAGGAAUCGCCGAAGGAGCAGAGCUUGAAAUCCUUGAUAUCGUCGCGCUCAACUGUCGUAGCGAGAUUGCUCUUGGAAAAUUCUCCGACGGCUGCACAACGCUAUGCUGGAAGAAGAGCGAUAAUGCGCGCGUACUCUCUCAGAACUGGGAUUGGGCUUCGCCAAUAGGAAAAAACAUUGCUAUGAUUUCGAUUGAGCAGCUUGAUAAGCCAACGCUUUAUAUGGUGACUGAGGCGGGCCUUGUAGGUAAAAUCGGCUUCAAUUCUGCAGGUGUCGGUACCUGUCUGAAUGCCAUUCGUGCAAAGCCGAUGAUCAGCAGCAAACUUCCAAUUCACGUUGCACUUCGACUAUGUCUCGAAAGUGUAUCUGUUGAUGCUGCUGUGAAGACUCUGGAGGCUUUGGGAGGUGUUGCGUCUGCACAACACAUUCUUGUUGCAGAUAGCACAACUGCCCUUGCACUGGAACUCUCGCCUGUGGGUAAUAAGUAUAUUCCAGAAGAUGAGGCUGGGCUUAUCCCGCAUACAAACCAUUUCAUUGAAAACCGAUAUGUGGAGGAGCCGCCUUGGCUUUCUGGAUCUCCGAUCCGCUUGAAGCGGGUUAAGGACUUGGCACUGGGGCUCAUCGCAAAUGGGACUUCCGGCGAUGCUAUUACACCUUCUUUACUACGGGAACAGAUCUUUUCUGAUACUUUUAAUGUUCCUCAGGCCAUUUGUUGCCAGGAAGAUCAGGCUGUCCACGUCUCGAUCCGCGACAACACUCUAUUUAAUAUUGUCAUGAACCUGGAACCUGGGCGCGUGGGUGCUGAGGUUGUUUUUGGUCGUCCUGGUUCUGGUGAAGAGGGGCCUGUCUUCAAGAUGCCUUGGCUCAUUCACAGGCCCUGGUUUGUACCAUCGACACCCUCGCUAGGCUUCGAGGCUUGCUUCGCAAUGAACAAAACCUUGAAUGCAAAAGCUGAGUGGGAGAAGUGCAUUCGACUCAUCACGCAUGUUAUCGUGGGACUGGGCCACCAGCCCUCUCAGCCCAGCCAUGAGGUGUUGGAAAGUUUGGAAUCAGUCCAAUUCAAGUUCGAGGGCCUAUUACUGAUGGCGGACCCUGAGUACCAAUACGCCUCCGACACCUUAACGACUGGCCGCAUCACAAUUCAAAGAGAGAAAGCCCGCCUCGCCAAAGAUCCGCAGAGCUUUGAAGAUGUGAUGCGGAAUAUGACGGAUAUGUUGAGCUCAAUGCAAGCUCGGAAUAUCUUCUAG